AAUCAUUGGAGCAAAAGCCAAAGGUGAGAAGCAAGGUAUAUAGAAUAAAUGGAGAGAGGCAGACCACAAGUUGACAAAUUUGAAGUCGUUGUUCUUUGAACAAGUCAUUUGCUGUUGUUGUUGUUUUGCUUCUCUCUCUCUGCCCGUGGGGGAGAUUAAAAAGGAAAGAUCUUUUUUCUCUAGUUUUGGGGUGAUGUGGGAUCCCUCUAUUUUCUCACCAUCAGAUUCUGCCGCAGCAGAUCUGAAUUGCUGUAUAUUCUCUUGUCUGGAGAUAAUAAUCUUCUAAGUUUGUUCUGAUUAUUCAAUGGCAGCAAACAAGUGCCCCACUUUGUUGUUUGUGUUCUGGUUCGUGGGCUUCUUGGGUUGUUCUGAUUUGUUUUGUUCACUCAGUCUUCUGUAUUGCGGCUGUGGAUUAUGAUGGAGCUCGAUUGGUUUCUUCUAGGUCGCUGCCAGUUUUUGGAAAUUUCGGUGAAUUUGUAGGGAAACUCUGAUAAAGCUUGUAGGAGGAUCACCAUAUGAGGAAUGGGAACUGAAGUACAGUCAAAGAUGUAUCUACCAGGAUAUUAUUCCGUACAGAAACUAAGUAGCAAUGUUGGCCAUGGUAGCUGGUCCCUACUCCAUGAAAACAAAAACUUGAAGAAUGGGCAACAAUAUGAAUUAUUCUUGACAAGGCCGAUUAUGGAUGGAUUUCAUGCGCGCGAUAAGGAACAAAUGAGGCAAACUAUACUGAAGCAUGAGUCAGUAUUCAGGCAUCAGCUCAAUGAACUCCAUCGUCUUUACAAAAGGCAAAAGGACUUGAUGAAUGAGAUCAAAAGCAAAGAACUACUCAAACAUCAAAAAGUAGCAGGGACAUCACUAUCAACUUUCUCGUCCUCUGGCUUUCCAAAUGAAGAUGACAGAAACAGCAGGCAUAAUUCUAAUUUACCCUUCGUUGAUUCCAGCUUUGGUAGACCAUGUACAUCGAGUACUGGUAUCAGCCAAUCUCCUUGUAAUUCUAUUGGAAAAACCCUGCAAACCAGUGGUGGCCCCAGCGAAAGUAGAGUCAGGAUGAAGGACCACGAAUCUCUGGAUUCCAGAGGGAAGAAGCCUCGGAGAAGAUUGUUCAAUCUUGAACUUCCAGCCGAUGAAUACAUCAGUGAUGGAGAAGAACCAGAAGGAGUUUUCAUGGGGUCAGGUACAGAAAAUUAUCCUCCUAACAGAAAAAAUGAGGUUACUCAGGCAAGAGAUGAUAUUUUAUCUAAUCACAUUGGUGAAACAUCCGGCUAUAACAAUGGUUUGCAUAUAGAAAGAAGCAGUGGUUUGACUGAUCUGAAUGAACCUAUUCAGAUAGACAAAGUGUCCGCUUCAACUUCUGUCUUUAAGUAUGGUAAUGACUUCAGCUCCAAAGAGGAGAUAGAAAGGCAGGUUUUAUCUGCAAAUGCCUACAAAGGUGUCUGGCCUUUUGCAAAGAAAUUCCCUGAAAACCCACAAAUGGAGAAGGAUGGAAGAGUUAGUAAUCUGCAUUUAAAGAACGAAAGGCACCAAAAAGAGUGGUCAACAUAUGCUCUCAAGGCUGAACAAACAAGAAGUUUUUCUGGUGGAAGGUUUGGUCUUCAAGACUUUAAUAAGCCAUGUGAAUCAUCAGAAACUGAAGCUAGGAUAGUCUGCGAGCCUACUAAGUUUUUCUCGUCUGAUCAGAAUAAAAUGGAGAAGCAAAGAAAGAGGACAAUUUUUGGUAUAGAAAUUUUUGAAAGAGAUAUCAAUUCAUCUGCUAAGCCUUUGCAGUCUGAUGUGACCAUUUCCGAGUCAUCUCCUAAUUGGACAAAACCUCCAAUUAGCUUGAGCCAGAACUUAAUAUCAGCUCAAGGAAACACUUCCUUGAAUAACUCACAAUCUGAUAAGGCUUCGAUCAUGUUGCAGCAAAGCACUGAAGUUAUCGGGGACAUAUUGCUUGUAGAUUGUAAUUCAAUACCAUCAACUCCCAGUCUAAAAGCUGAAGUGUCGCACCAAAAUGGUGUCUGCUUUCGUGCAAAAUCGGAUACCAAUGAACUACAAGCUUCUCACCCCUCAAUCAGCCUUGCUUUCCCAAAUGGAGACGGCAACCGCAAUUUUGCGAACCAAAGUGAUUUAAGAAAGGUCCCCAAUCAAAGUCCUGUUCAGGAUUGCUCAUCGUUAAAGCGUGGCCAUGAUGCUGAGAAUUGGAGAGUUGAAAUAGGCGAUUGGAUGAAGACUAGGAAGACUUUUGCUCUUCCCAUGUUUGACAAGGUUUCUUAUCCUUGUUCAUCCUCAAAAUCUGGUUGUCUUGCUUCUGCAGUUGAUAAUGGCUACACCGUUAGAAUUGAAUCAGCUAAAAGUAAUGUGGUUCAGGAUCCUGUGUCCCACAUGUGUACAGUGCAACUGAAAGCAGAUGGUCCGGUUCUAGAAAAGAGAUUGUUUAAUGCCAAUGCUGAUUCGAGAUACCAAAUAGAUUUAAAUAGAUGUUUUACUGAAGAAGAAACUGAAAUGACUGCCGCCUCUCCAAUUAUGAGAACUGAAACUGUGAUUGAUUUGGAGGCACCAGUGAUAAUUGAAUCAGAUAUAGAUGCGGAACAUUCUAUGCAAAGCAAAUGUAAGGAACCUCUUGACUUACCUCAUGAGGGCCUUCUCAGAGUUGCAGCUGAGGCUCUAGUUGCCAUCUCAUCAUCCCAAGGUCAUGAUAUGCAGGACAGUGCUGCACAUCAUCUUCAAGAAAGUGCCACUUGUCACGAAACAGAUGCUUCAGAAAAUGAUUCCCUUCUUUGGUUUGCGGAAUUAAUUUCUUCACAUGAAGGAAAUAUUGACAAUGAUAAAGUGGCAGAAGUUAAGGGGACUGCCUGUGAUGAAGAUUAUGUGAUGGAUUUCUUUGAGCACAUGACAUUAAAUUUGGUGGAAACCAAGGUAGACCAGCACUUCUAUGUGCCUCCCAAUCAAGAGAAUCCAAGAAAAGAAGUGUCGCUUCCCAAACGGCCACGAAGAGGUCAGGCAAGGAGGGGCAGACAACGAAAGGACUUCCAGAGAGAUGUACUUCUCGGCCUUGCUUCUUUGUCAAGAAAUGAGGUGACUGAGGAUCUUCAGUUAAUCGAAGGGUUGAUUAGAGAAACUGGUGGCAGUUGGCAGUCAAGUUUGACACUGAGAAAUGCCGGCAGGAGUGGUAAGGGAAGGGGGAGGAAGCGUGUGGGAACCUCUACUCCGUCUACCUCUGUAGCCGCAGUUAGCCAGCCCCAGAUUGAGGAACCGAAAUGCGAGGAGCUGCAGGGACUUGAGGAAAGAAGUCUAACUGGUUGGGGUAAGAGGACAAGGCGGCCACCAAGACAAAGAUAUAGUUCUCCUGUUCCUAAAAGAUAAGUGGGGGGGAGCCGUCCUGUCCAUAGAGUUUCAGAAGAAGGGCAUUAAAGUUUUAGAGCUAACAUGCAUGGAUCUUCCCUCGGGUUUUCUAAGCGGUGGAGUUGUAAUUGUAUGUAUUAUGCCAAAUUUGAGCCAUCCUUAGUUUCAUUUCCUGUAUUCUGAGUGAACUUGUACCAUUAAUCAGAAUAAGUUUACAGAAGAAUUUGUUGAACUCAAAACAUGAAACAUAACUGCAAGAGCAAAUCAAGGCCUUUAGAGUUGUUUAGGUACUUUCAAUAGUCGGAAAAAUAUUUUUCUA